UGUUUCCUUGAUGACUUCUCCCCAAAACCUGUCUCACCAUUUGAUGCAUUUAGAAAAUUUUACUACAUCACGCUACUGAGAGACCCUGUGUCCCGUUACCUGAGUGAAUGGAGACAUGUCCAACGAGGAGCCACCUGGAAAACUUCCUUGCAUAUGUGUGAUGGUCGGACACCAACCCCUGAAGAGCUGCCAUCGUGCUAUGAAGGCACAGACUGGUCAGGAUGCACGCUGCAGGAGUUCAUGGAUUGCCCAUAUAACUUGGCCAACAACCGUCAAGUAAGGAUGUUGGCUGACUUGAGCUUGGUGGGCUGCUACAACAUGUCUUUUAUCCCCGAGAACAAGCGAGCGCAGAUCCUGCUAGAAAGCGCAAAGAAGAACCUAAGAGAUAUGGCUUUUUUUGGCUUGACAGAGUUCCAGAGGAAGACUCAAUACCUGUUUGAGAGAACUUUUAAUCUGAAAUUUAUCAGGCCAUUCAUGCAGUACAACAGUACAAGGGCAGGUGGAGUGGAGGUGGAUAACAACACCAUACGGAGGAUUGAGGAGCUCAAUGACUUAGACAUGCAGCUCUAUGACUAUGCAAAGGACCUUUUCCAGCAGCGCUACCAGUACAAACGGCAGCUGGAGAGGAUGGAGCAAAGGAUAAAGAAUCGGGAAGAGAGGCUUCUUCACCGGUCCAAUGAGGCACUUCCCAAGGAAGAGACAGAAGAGCAAGGACGCUUGCCCACUGAGGACUACAUGAGCCAUAUUAUAGAGAAGUGGUAGCCUAAGCAGACUUUUAUACUGAAUGGGAUUCUAGGGUUUCCUGUUAAAAGAUAAUGGAAGUAAAAAUACAAAACCACCACCAACAAAUCUUUUAUUUGAAAGCGAGUCUGUAUAACAGAAGGUAGAAUUCUUCUUUAAACAGUGGAUCUUUGUACUGUUUCUUAUAAGACCAAUGAGAUUCUUAAAAAAAAGACUAAAAAUAAAAAAGGAUCAACAUUAAAACUCAGAUUUAAAAAUGCACAAAUUCAGCCACCCAUUUAUGAGGCCAAAUACAAUGUAUGUUUCUUAUCCUCCCAAAUUCAAACACAAAUGGCGAAGGUAGUAUUUUUUGUUUAUCUGUUUUUCCACUGAGUAUGAAAACAGAUAUACAAACACACACAUGUAUAUAAUAAUUUUUUACAAUCAAGGUUUCCUUUUGUUUCCCUUCUUUUUUGGGGAGGGAGGGCAGAGGGGUAUUUUUGUUUUGUUAAAUUAAGAGUAGAGUGGCAAAGUUGAUUGCAUGCUAAGCUGUUAGGGUAUGAUCUCGCCACAGGGGCAGCUGCUCAGACUCAAAUGGACUCUUUUGAGAAAAUGGAGCAGAGUAAGAAAAGAAAAAGAUGACAAAGGAUGAGAAACAUUAAAGCAAAUGGACUGUGGCCAGAAUAUACUUAGCACAACAGUUUUGAUACAUUGCACUGGGGUCAUACGCAUAUGUCAUAUUGCCAUAGGUAAUACCAGUUAGUGAAUUCAUGCACAAACAUCCUCAGCUUUUACUUCACAAACAAGUUCCAAAAGCCAAAUAAAAACCAACCAAAUUCCAUGUAGAGUCUCACAUGCACACACAGAUGGAAUUGUCACCCCUUUCCGUGCACAGUAUAUUCCAAUCAGUACAACUUGUAAACAGCACAGGAAAAUCCUUUUCUGUACUUUAAAGAAACAAAGCACAGAGAGAGAAUAGGUAGCAUCACUCCCUCAUGCACCUGCAUCAGAGAGAGUUCAAGCAACACCCCAGGAGUCAUUGAUGGAGACAUGUUUGUUUUGCUGGUAUGGUGUAUGAAAUGAGAUUUAAUUACAACGAUCACGUGUACUUACAUAUACCUACAUUUCCAAAAUGCCUUUUUUGUUAGAUCAUGUUCCAAGUCCCGUACCCAGCAAAGUCAAUGGCAAAACAUCCACUGAUUCCAAAGGGAGCAGUCUUGAGACCUUGUUCUAGGACAAUAAGAUUUCCUGCCAUUGGCCUGAAUUAAUCUAGUGAGAGUGCAUGCUGUAAUGGGGCAGAAUGGCCUUGUGUGUAGAUCUUUUUUUCAACGAGGUGCACUUAUAAACCUGGAAACGGACUUCAUUGGUAAUGCUUUUCAGUCUCAGCCCCUGAUCAGACCAGAACCUUUCUCAUUUUUAGAGAGUCUAGUAACUUUAAUUCCCAGUCUAGGGGCAGUCUUACCAGCUUCUGCCUACUCUCAUUGCUUCAGAGGCCAGCAAUGGAUUGUCACAUUUCCCUCCUCCCCACGCACUGUUCAAAUCUGUCUAUUUUUUUUAUCACUGCUGUUGCUAUUCUAAGCACUUCUGCAUUGGUCUGAAACAUGGAAAAGAAGCAGGUUUUGUCUGCUCCAUGUAUUACCCAUUAUUACUCAGCCUCUUAGGAUCUGAGCUGGCUACUCUGUUUAGGGUGAAGUAUGAAUCAAAUGGCAGACACCUUGGUUUUCAAAGGCUAUGUUAAUUGCAGAUCAAAUAUGAGAGUGAAAUCACAGGAGAAGAGUCAGAGAGAUGAUAUAUUCAGAUCUAUCAUGUCCUUUUCACAGAGUUGUCUUUCCCUUUAUAGGAAUGCACUGAAGUGUGGCUCGCUUUGUAUUUUAAUUCUCUAUCUGCUGUUGCACACUGUUACCAACACUGUAGAAUUCAGAUUGAGUUUCGCAGGGGAGGUGGAUGCCCACUGCAGGAGCUGCCUGACUUCCAGAACAAACUGGGAGCAACAAAGCUUGCUUUUGGAGCUGCUCUUCCUUAAUAGAGAGGAAAGAUGACAGAGCAUCUGGAGAGAAAAUCUGGCAACACUAGGGAUUAAAACAUAACCCUAUUAUGGAUCUGAUCCAAAGCUCCUUGAAGUCAGCGGGAGUCAUCCCUUUGAUUUUAGCGGGCUUUGAAUCAGGCCUUCACAGCCUGGUCCAACAGAGCACUUACGUAUACUUUCACUUGAACCAUAAUGAGACAUACUGAAGUGCUGUGUUAGAUCAGACUUGUCAAUCAGCACCUGCUGGUGUUGUCCUCUUUAAAGGUCUGUCAGGGCUUCCAUUAAGAGCCACUCCUGGUUUACAGGGGUGUAUAACAUGGCCAUAAAUAUUUGCUCCAGGCUGGAAUGUGGAAAGCAAAACCUCCUGAAAACAAUUUGGUUUUGGAGCAGAGAGUACUAUAAACCCAUUCCUUCACUUCUAAAUUCCAGAAUUAGGAAUAACAAUGUUUGCUAGUUCUCAGCACUCGUGUGUUGAUGUAACUAAAGAAAACAUUGAUUUUUACAAAAUGCAAUUUUACAUUCUGUUUAUCCAUAAACGUAUAUAUGAGCUAUAAAAAGCAACUGUUUUAUGUGCACGCUAUCAAACUUUACCCAACGGCUUCUUACUGUGCAUUCAGUGUCAUGGAUCCAUAGUGCACAAAUGGUUACUUAAACUAAUCCAUAUUCAAAGUACGCACCAGAACAGAUCCAUAGACGAGCAUGCUGUGAAUGCUCAUGCAAUACUAUAUAUACACUGGUACAGCGUACUGAGAAUUUUUAUUGAGGGCCAAAUUCUGUCUUCAUGUAUCCAAAGGCUGUCAAUGAUUGGAGCUUCAUGAUCAAGGCUGACACUACAAUUUGGCCCAGUCUAUCAAGGUUAUUUCUGCAUUAUGGGCUCUAAAUAACUGGCUGAAUUUUAGUGGCUCUGUCUACAUGGUUCAAAAUUAGAAGAGACUACUGACCUUAAGAGCAUGUCAGUGAUAGAUUUUUUUCAAUAUUUGCUUUGUAAUAUAUUACAGUAACCAACAAAUGAAAUGAAACUACAUAAUAUUGUUAACAGUUUCCCUUAAACCCACAAAAGGAAGAACAGAAAGUUAUGGUGAUUUCUAAUGGUCUGAAUCCAGCCCAGAGAGCCAGAAAUUUCUGUAUUCAGAUUCUGGCUCUGACAUCCCUUGAGUUUAUUCUCAGUUUCUCCCAUCUGUACCCUGGGAAUAAGGAUACUCGCCACAGAAAAGUGGUGUGGGGGUUAACUAGUGCAAAGUGGUGCACAGAUAAAUUCUAAGCAUGAUUAGAGUAAACAAAGGAUACCAAGCCCACUAUGCCAAGUGGCUUGGCCAAAGAUUUUACACUAAUUUACUUGAAGGGCUGGGUCCCAGGCUAGGAUACAAUCACUGCACUGACACAGAACAUUCUUGCUUUAGUGGGCUUAAAGGAGCUUCUUUGACAUAAUGUGAAUGUAGUUUAUUGUGAUUUAUAUGUACUACGAUUUGGAGUGGUACCAGUUUUUAGGAGCAGAUUAUUUGAUGCUACAAUAACAUGAAAAAUGUAUGUGUAGUUUUAAAAUUAAUAGACAUCAUCUGCUUUAAGAAACUUCAGUGGAAUUAUUGCCCAGGUAUUUUGUUGCUGUUAAAUAUGUGCCCCUCUUUUCCAAUACAUCUCCCCUGCUGCUCCCUGAACUCUCUAUACAUUUAGAGCUUCUUAUAUAUGAUGCUUCUUCAUGAGACAAGGAAAUAUUUCAUACUAGCAGUGGGUGUAGGAGAAUUAUAGGGAUAGUGAAGACAGUUGCAAGAUUCUCGCCCAUGUCCUGUUGAAGUCCCUCGAGAGACUUCCUUUGAACUUAAUGGUAAUUGAAUCAGAUCCCAAGUCAAUAUAACAUUCGCCUAUUACAUCAUCUUACAUUGUUAUGUGUACAUUGGUUUCCUGCUAUGAUGGCAGGAAACUUCCAGGGAAAGUCGUCACUGCAGUUGAGAUCUUUAUGAAGUGAUUAUGAGAAUGUAUCUGAGUAGUAAUGCUUAGCGAGAAUGAUUACACUGGGUAGCUGCAUUAUUGGCGCCAAUGAGAGACCAGGGCCUGACUGUCCACUUUCUUAGAGUUUGUAUCAUCAUUACACCCAUGCAGACAGAGGUAUGGCAUGCUCCCACCAGUGUUCAAAGAAUUCGGGUCCAGUGGCCUAAAUAUGAAUGUUAUAACAAAUAAGAUACCUGCCUGCUCAAACAUUAGCCAGCCAAUCAGAUGCCACCUUUCAUCAUACCCUUUGAAGAAUGUUCCGUAUUGACUGGAGAGGCUCCUGUGUCCUGUCACCUGUUCCCCAGUCAGUCAUAUCUCACAACAGAAUGAGCACUGGUCAUUUUUCUGGUCUCUAUUUCCUUUCUUCUCAAGCUGGCCUUUUCUCUUCCAGGGCCUCCCUGCCCAAGAUUUUUAGUAGAACACUGAAAAAAAAAUUGGAGUGAAUUUAAUGGGAUUCAGACUGUCAUUCCUGCAAGCUGCAGUCCCAUGUAGGGGAUCUGGAACAGUUUGUACAGUAGGAGUGCUGAGAGGCACUGAACCAAACUGUAAGCCCUGGGUAUGAUAGAAACCACUAAGUUCUAGCACCUAUGGUCUUGUGUCUAUCCAUGAAACAAGGACGUCAUAGGCAGUAGCAUCAAAAGCCUCCAGUGGGCUUUUUGAACCUUUCUUGCAGUUCCGACCUCAUGGUUAUUUGCUUCUUAGUCUUGUUCCUCACAAGCAGGAAAGAAGUCCGGCUAUCAAUAGUAAUGCAGAACUUGCCCAUUAGAAACUAGUUUGAGGCAUAAGGACCACCUGCUCCCUUGACCACUGAACAGCUAUCAGCUGGUAUUGACUGGGUCAUUACUGAGCAACGUAUGACUUGCAUUUGUGACAGAGUUAAAAGGCUCCAUUGCCCCUUAUUACCAAUUCUUUGAGCCAUCCUCCCACUCUGAAAUUUUUUAAAGGUAAUAAAUAAACAGAUUACAGUAAUCUGCACAGAGACUUACUAAAUGUAAUGUUUCAAAGGACAUGUUUCGGCAUUGCAGUCCACAUAAGUUGAUAUAUUCAAAUCAUAGAGUUUCUGGGUUAGCUUUGUUCUUGUUUUUGUUACUAUUAGCAGAUCAUGUUCCAGUAACAGAAGUGAACACGACAUUUGCUAGCUGACUGAUAGUGGAGGUAGGCCUUUAAAGCACAGAUCAGUUAGCUGUAGUUACUGUUAAAGCUACAAUCUGUGGGUCACUCACACACAAUCAGUGUUAUCUGUGGCUGCGUGUUAAUGCCAUCCACAAGAACUCUGGCAAGGGGAAUGUGGCACUUGUAAGCACCUAGGUAUUAAAGCUUCCUUUGCCCACCCUAAGGGUGGUGGUUUUCAGUACAAUUCUUGACCAUCCAAGAUGAAAAAUAUGAUUUGUGAUCCAGCCUUUUUCUUCCCCCAAGUCUCCACUUCCUUCUACUACUGGAUUGAGAGAGCAGUACUGUUACGAAUAAUUUUAUAUUAAAAUGGCUUCUGAGUGUGAUUUGUUUUGUACAUAUUGGAGUAUGAUUUUAACUUAUUGCCCCUUUUCAUUCAUUUUAAUUGUUUUUUUUUUUAAUCAAUGUGAAGUUUCUGUGUGUGUGCAGUCUGCCAGGCAAAUGGACAGCAGCCAUGGGAUUUACAACCGGUUCUAUUGGAAACGGAUCUGAUUUUGUGUUGAUGUCAUUUGCUCUUGUCUGAGGUUUCACUUUUGUUCUUUUUAAUUUCUGCUCUGCUGCAUGAGGCUGCAGUAGAGGAAAUGGACAACACAGGCAGGGCAUUCAUUUCCUUCCCCUUUGCUUUUUUAUCUACCAAGGGGCUCAGUUCUUAUAUCUAGAGGUUUGUGUGUCUGAGGGUAAAAACAGAAAUUAAAAUAAACCUCCUCACGCCUGUUUUCCUCCCAGUUGUAGAUCAAACACUUUCACCUUCUUUUAAAAACAGUAGUAGCUAGGGUCAUCCACCUGUGUUUCCAUUAGGCUGAAUCUGUAUGGUUUGCAAUUUCAUUUCAGGAACUUAAAAAAAAAAAACUGUUUAACUUAAGCCAAGUACCACUUAAAGCUUUAUAUAUUUAUUUAUAGCAUCUUACAAUAAUGUUAAGGUUUGUUUUUUUCUCUCCAGUACAAAAAAUAUUAAAAAUAAUAAUCAUCUAAUGGUUUUUGUCUAGAUCAAGAAUGAAUGUUAGCAGAUGAAAUAAACCCUAAAACCAAGCCUCUGUUGUGUGGGUGUUAUACUUACAUUGGCCUUUUGGAACCUGUAUUCUCCAGUGAUUUGCCUGCCGUUUUGACAACAUAAAAUGUCUUGCAUGUAUUACAUGGUGAUAAAGCUGCCAGUUGGCCUGAGAGGCCAUGGUUUCACAAUUUCUAUACAAAACACUUAGAAACAGAGGAAUACAGCCCAUUCAUUCUUAACAUGACAUAAAAUGUAGCCCAAAAGUCCAGACAUUGGUCAUUCAACUUUCUAAAUGAGUUUAUUUUAACUCUGAACAGUCAUACGCCCUUUCACUCACCUUUGCUUUACACACAGUCUGCAUACUGAUUUUAAGGCUAGAAAGUUCAACAAGAGAGUAUAUGUUAUGCAAGUAUUGAACAUUCACAGGGAAUUGUCUUAUAUUUAAAAAUAUUCCCAAAGUAUUCUGAGUUACUUGACCAAGCAGGUAAUAAAAAUGUACUUUGUUGAAUAGCUCAAAUUGCCAGUGGUGCAAAAAUGUAUAAUUCUGCCAUUCAUACAAGCAUCACUAGACUUUAGAGUUAACAUCUUAUACUAAGGAUGAUAGCUUUAUACCUUAAGAGCUAUGAUGUCUGAUUUUCCCCUCAUGCUAUAGGUAAAUUAGGACCUCAAAACAUUUGGGAGUGAGUGGA